AGGAGCAGAAGUAGGCCGAAAGUUUGCUCGGUGAUGCAGGGUUAACGUGCACAUUUUGUUCUCUAAUUAAAUGAGAACGAUGACAGAAAAUGUAAUCUUGUCUCUUCUAGUUGUAAUUGUGAUAGUAGAGUUUAGUGAUGUUAGAACAUCUCCUCUAGACUCUGACCCCCGUAUACCCGAUCUAUUCGGCCGGUCGCAGAUGAGCGAACCUUUCCAAACUAAGCAGCUUUCGAAUCAAUUGAAAGAUUCUCCCGGCAGACAGCUCACACGUGUCAAAACUGUAACGGUGAUUUGUCACGAGAACUACAUGGAAAUCGCCAUUAAGGCUGACCUCUUUGACGUCGGUCUGCCUGUGGAUGCUUCAGAGCUGCGGCUUGGAGCCGACAAUCAGUUCGUUCCUUCUUGUAAAGUGACCGCGUUCUCCACAAACGAGUACAUCAUAACGUCCGAGCUCACCGACUGUGGCACUCAACGCUGGAUUACAGAUGACUCCCUUAUAUACACCAACCUCCUUGUCUUCACUCCACGACCCUCUCCAGAUGAAGUGGUUCGCCUUGAGCAGGCAGUAGUUCCCAUAGAAUGUUAUUACAGUCGAAAGUUUGAUGUUACCAGUAACCCUAUUAAACCAACAUGGAUUCCCUACAGUUCGACACAUUCUGCAAUGGAGGAGUUACAGUUUUCACUAAAGCUAAUGACAAGUGAUUGGCGCUCUGAACGGGCUUCUUCUGUGUACUUCCUGGGUGACAACAUAAACAUAGAAGCCUCAGUUAUUCUGGGUCAUCACACGAACCUCAACAUAUAUUUUGAAAGCUGUGUUGCCACAGCCACUCCAGAUGUGAACUCCGUCCCCAGAUACACAUUUAUUGAUAAUCAUGGUUGUCUGGUGGAUGGACAGACAACAGGCUCAAAGUCUCGUUUCUUGCCUAGAGUCCAGAGUGACAAACUCCAACUACAACUGGAUGCAUUCAAAUUCCACCUAGAGACAAGGCCAGAGAUAUACAUUACUUGCAGUCUUCAAGCUUACCCUGUAAUGGAUGUAGUUAACCCCUUUCAUAAAGCAUGCUCCUUUAUUGAUGGAAGCUGGAUGGCUGCAGAUGGAAAUGACUGGACUUGUUACAGCUGCCAAACAACAAAAGAUUAUGCACCAUCCUUCCGUUCUACACUGCAGCAAUCUGAGAUCUCAACUUCCCAAAAGCCCAACAAAUUUCAGCCUAGGAUUCAAGGGGGAUCUGGAAGUUCCUUAAAUUCUUUACUAACAGCAAAUGAGCCCGUUUCCUCCUGGAGGAAUACCAUUCUCCCGCAAGAGGAUGAUGAGGGAUUUGAUUCAGUGGGAUGGGAACAGGAGAAAACAGUGGGUCCACUGGCCAUCUUUCCAAAGAAAAGCAAAAUGGGAUUCCUGGCUCCUCCCAGAGUGAAGCAGGGUGUUCCUCCACUCCCUUUUCACAGUAAAGAGAAGAAACCGAUGCCUCUUGGUAACCUAUGGAAGAAAGGUGUUUCUGCUGAGAUGGAUCAAGAGGUUGCUAUAACGCCUCCAACAUCAUUGGAAACCACGGAGCAAAAAAUAAUCAUGGAAAGCAAACCAGAAUAUGAGGAGGAGGAGGAGGAGGAUGCACAUGAUGGUGAAGAUGAUGGAGAUGAAGACUUUGGAGGAGAUGAAGAACAUGGCGAGGAUAAAGGAGAGACAAAAGAUUCUAUUCGAAGCCACUGGAAGACUAGACUCUUGCCAGUAGAAGAUUUCAAAGAGCUCUUUACAACUCGUGCCUCUAACGGUGAUGAAAGCUCUGGACUGCAUACAUUAGGUACAAGCCCUUCCCUACCAGAUGAAGAGGAUACAUAUCACCCAUCUAAAGAUUCCUAGACAUCUAAACCAGAAGUUGUGAAUGCUGACAGAUGAAGUAAUCUCACUGAUGUGGAGGAAAACCUUGUUCGUGAAGCACACAAGCAGAAACCAAGCAAAAGAGCUUUAAUACUUUUGAACUAAUUAAAUGGUCCCAUGAAUUAAA